UUGAAAUGGCUGCCUACAGUGUUGAUGUCGGGGCCAAUAGUUACUGUACGGUUGGAAAUAAAUUUAUUUAAUUAUCGAACCAGCAAGUGGACAUCUUCUAAUCCUUUAUUACAGUAAGCUGAAAAUGGGUAAUUUACAAAUAUCCACAGUAAUCUUGUCUGGCACUGGAGACUAGCCCUGCUCAGAAAAGCACAUCUCUGUCACCAGUCUUGUGAGAUUCCGUUUGGAAGGCACGCUUGGGUUUUCAGGCCGUUCGACACCAGGAGUCGGGGGCGUUUCCUUGAUUUGGUUUGGUGCCGGUCUUGGCAGGACUGCAGGGCCUGUGUGCGGAGAUGGAAGAUGAUGCCUCGUUGCACAGACUGGAGGGGAGCGACCCCGAGGGCCAGACGGGGGGUCUCAUCGUGAAGAAGAAGGCCGCUGUGGCCGAACAGCACGUGUUCCGGGCGCCCGCUCCUCGCACCUCGCUGCUGGGGCUGGACCUGCUGGCCUCCCAGAAACGCAAAGAGCGCGAGGAGAGGGAGCGGCAAGCCGAGGGAGAGAAGGCGAAGAAGUCCAAGGUGUCGUCGUAUCGGGACUGGGAGGAGGGCGAAGACGACUCGGGGUCAGAUGAAGAUGGCGGGGAGGACGAGUCUGGGAGCAGGAAGAAAGAGAGGAAGUAUCGGGUGACUGGUUCUGAGACCCCCUCAAACCCAGGCGGGGUGAGUGAGGAGUUCCGCCGGAAACAUCAGCUGAGGGAGAAGGAGCGAAGAGAACAUGGGGUGUAUGCCUCCUCCAAGGAAGAGAGAAAUCGGGACAAGGACAGGGAGAGAGACAAAGACAGGGAGCGAAGGAGUGAGAGAGAGGAGCGGGAGCGCGGGCAGCACGGCGGGGGCAGCCGCCGGGAGAGGGGCGACCGCAGCGAGAGGGAGCGCUCGCAGAGGGACGGCGUGUCCGAGCGCAGCAGCCGGGGCUCCCGCAGGGAGGAGCUCGAGUCUCCCAGACAUCGGCCCAGAGAUGCUCCCACGCCGUCUCGUUCCAGCUGGGAUGAAGAUGACAGUGGCUACUCCGGCUCCCGCCGUUCCCACUGGGAAUCCCCCUCCCCCACCCCCUCGCACCGCGAGGCGGAUAGAUCCGAGCGCAGCCAGCGCUCUGGACGCGACAGCGAGAGGAGAGACAGAGACAGGUCAGUCAGAAGUCGCUACACAGAUGACACUCCCCUGCCGACACCAUCCUACAAAUAUAAUGAGUGGGCCAAUGACCGAAGACACCUGGGUUCCACACCCCGCCUCUCACGUGGAAAAGGGAGGAAGGAAGACGGUGAGGAUGGCAUCUCCUUCGAUACCGAGGAGGAGAGGCAGCAGUGGGAGGAAGACCAACGGCAAGCAGACCGUGACUGGUACAUGAUGGAUGAGGGGUAUGAUGAGUUCCACAACCCGCUGACGUCCAGCUCGGAGGAGUAUGUCAGGAAGAGAGAGCAGAUCCUACAGAAGCAGACCCAGAAGCGCAUCUCGGCUCAGAAGCGACAGAUCAACGAGGAUAACGAACGCUGGGAGACGAACCGCAUGCUCACCAGUGGAGUGGUGCAGCGCCUGGAAGUGGACGAGGACUUUGAGGAGGACAAUGCUGCUAAAGUCCACCUGUUAGUCCACAACCUUGUACCACCUUUCCUAGAUGGCAGGAUUGUCUUCACCAAGCAGCCCGAGCCGGUGAUCCCUGUGAAGGACCCCACUUCGGACAUGGCGAUAAUCUCCCGCAAGGGCAGCCAGCUGGUUCGCAAACACCGUGAGCAGAAGGAGCGCAAGAAGGCUCAGCACAAGCACUGGGAGCUGGCUGGUACCAAACUGGGAGACAUCAUGGGCAUUAAGAAGAAAGAAGAGGAGGAUGGAGCGCAGGCCAAAGUUGUUGGUGAAGAUGGUACAGUGGACUACAGGACGGAACAGAAAUUUGCAGAUCACAUGAAAGAGAAGAGUGAAGCUAGCAGUGAGUUUGCCAAGAAGAAGACUCUGCUGGAGCAGAGACAGUACCUGCCCAUCUUUGCAGUGAGACAGCAGCUGCUCAACAUCAUUAGGGAUAACAGUAUCGUGAUCGUGGUGGGCGAGACGGGCAGCGGGAAGACCACCCAGCUGACGCAGUACCUGCACGAGGAUGGGUACACCUGCUACGGGAUGGUGGGCUGCACGCAGCCGCGCAGGGUGGCGGCUAUGAGCGUGGCCAAGAGAGUGAGCGAGGAGAUCGGGAGCAGCCUGGGCGAGCAGGUGGGCUAUGCGAUCCGGUUUGAGGACUGCACUUCGGAGCAGACGAUGAUCAAGUACAUGACGGAUGGGAUUCUGCUGAGGGAGUCUCUGAGGGAGUCAGACUUGGACCACUACAGCGCCAUCAUCAUGGACGAAGCCCACGAGAGGUCUCUCAACACGGACGUGCUGUUCGGUCUCCUCAGGGAGGUGGUCGCUAGGCGCUCAGACUUGAAGCUCAUUGUUACCUCGGCCACCAUGGAUUCCGAUAAGUUUGCAGCAUUCUUCGGGAAUGUCCCCAUUUUCCAUAUUCCCGGAAGAACAUUCCCUGUGGAUAUUCUGUUUAGCAAGACCCCUCAGGAGGAUUAUGUGGAAGCAGCAGUGAAGCAGGCUCUUCAGAUUCACCUGAGCGGGACGCAAGGGGACAUUCUGAUCUUCAUGCCUGGGCAGGAGGACAUUGAGGUGACGUCAGACCAGAUUGUGGAGAGGCUGGAGGACCUGGAGAAUGCCCCUGCACUGGCAGUACUUCCCAUCUACUCUCAGCUGCCCUCUGACCUCCAAGCUAAAAUCUUCCAGAAGGCUCCAGAUGGGGUGCGGAAAUGUAUUGUUGCCACAAACAUCGCUGAGACCUCCCUGACUGUGGAUGGGAUUAUGUUUGUUAUUGACUCUGGCUACUGCAAGCUCAAGGUGUUCAACCCCCGUAUUGGAAUGGAUGCCCUGCAGGUGUACCCCAUUAGUCAGGCCAACGCCAACCAGCGCGCAGGUCGAGCUGGCAGAACCGGGCCGGGCCAGUGCUUCAGACUGUACACUCAGAGUGCUUUCAAGAAUGAGAUGUUGACCACAACCAUCCCCGAGAUCCAGCGCACCAACCUGGCCAAUGUGGUCCUGCUGCUGAAAUCCCUGGGUGUGCAGGACCUGUUGCUGUUCCACUUCAUGGACCCCCCUCCCGAAGACAACAUGCUCAACUCCAUGUACCAGCUAUGGAUCCUGGGGGCCCUCGACAACACCGGUUCUCUGACGCCUACGGGUCGGCUCAUGGUGGAGUUCCCCCUGGACCCUGCCCUGUCCAAGAUGCUGAUCGUGUCGUGUGACAUGGGCUGCAGUUCCGACAUCCUCAUCAUUGUCUCCAUGCUGUCUGUGCCCGCCAUCUUCUACAGGCCAAAGGGCCGCGAGGAAGAGAGUGACCAAGUGAGGGAGAAGUUUUCUGUGCCCGAGAGCGAUCACCUCACCUACCUCAACGUCUACCUGCAGUGGAAGAACAAUAACUACUCCACUAUCUGGUGCAACGAGCACUUCAUCCACACCAAAGCCAUGAGGAAGGUGCGGGAGGUCAGGGCCCAGCUGAAGGACAUCAUGGUUCAGCAGAGACUCAAUCUGGUCUCCUGCGGCUCUGACUGGGACAUCAUCAGGAAGUGCAUCUGUGCCGCGUACUUCCACCAAGCUGCUAAAUUAAAGGGCAUCGGGGAGUAUGUGAAUGUGCGGACAGGAAUGCCCUGUCACCUACACCCCACCAGUUCGCUCUUUGGAAUGGGCUACACCCCGGAUUACAUAGUCUAUCAUGAGCUGGUCAUGACAACCAAAGAGUACAUGCAGUGUGUGACUGCAGCGGACGGGGAGUGGCUGGCCGAGCUGGGGCCCAUGUUCUACAGCAUCAAACACGCCGGCAAGAGCAGACAGGAGAACCGUCGCAGGGCGAAGGAGGAGAUCUCGGCCAUGGAGGAGGAGAUGUCCCUGGCGGAGCAGCAGCUGAGAGCUCGGCGGGAGGAGCAGGAGAGGAAGAACACCCUGGGCAGCGUGAGGUCAGUGAAGAUCUGCACCCCAGGGAGGAAAGAAGAAGCACCCAUGACCCCAAAACGCACUCCCGCACGAUUUGGACUUUAAUUUUCUAAUCCGUUGUUUCUUCAUUACAUCCACAGAGUCCAAAAUGUCCCCUGUAGUUUCCUGCUGUCCUUUGGGCUCUCAUUGUGGUGAUUUUGUAAGGCAGCUUGAUUGUGCCAUGCAGUUCAGCACGUUGCCCAGCAGAGGGAGCACUUGUAUAAGGCAUGAGGGGGAUGUUGAGCUCUUCUGGCUACAAUAUUCUCUGCUUGUUCUGUUUUGCAUAACAGUCCAUAGAGUGGACUGCUUUCUGCCUUUGUGGUCUUUUAGAAUUAUUGCUGCAGAACAACACAUUUUUGUGGGUUGGUUAAAAAAGGACUGUGUCCUAUUUUAAUAAACCUCUUUAAAAUGUUUUAAGAUUCUCUUCUCUAUGGACAUCUUUUUCUGACACACCUCCAUUUUAAAAAGAUUCUCUAGGGACUUCUGUUUUAAAAGCAGUUGUUUUACAAUGAUGCAGAUAAUUAAAUCUAUUGGGGCACAAAUUUGAUGUUAUGUCUUCUGUGACUGUUUUAAUUUUUCAGUAUUUUCCACAAGAAGGUCAGAAAUGAUAGUGGAGUUUUUUAUAUUAAAUGUUCCGUGUUUUCUGACCUCCUUUAACCAGAUAACCAUAAUUUAUACUGGUCUUUUACUGCGUGUGUUUCAGAGGUGGUGUUCUGUGUUAUUUAGACUGCACUGACCAGGUCUAUAUUUCAUGUCAGAAAUAACAUUAAGAGGGGACUAGUUAAUUUAUUCUUUCCUGUCUGGUGAAAGAACAGUUUAUCAAGAAAUAUCAUUGGGUCUAAAGAAGAGAAUUUUUAACGGAAGGCAUGAGUAUUGGAGGAAGAUGCAAAGUGGCUUAAAUUGUUUUCAUGGAUAGGUCCAUGUAAUUAGGCAUUACUUCGGUUUGUUUUUAUUGAAUUUUUUGAAUGAAAUGAAAAAAUGUUUUAAUUAACAUUUUUUUUAACAAAACCUACAAGCCACUCACAGCCAGAGGCCUUACAGUCUCUGAUCAGUCUCUUACCAAAGCCCUCAACAAAAUGCACUUCACCAAUGCUUGUGUCAGCAAAACAUUUUUCUAAAUUGUGUAUACUGUAUGUUACAAGUGUCUGGAGUCUGACAAAGAACCAGCACUGAAAUAAUUUCUUUCAUGUGAUAUUUUAUCUUGGUUACUUGCUGUAUUGCAGUUGUGCAUUUUGAAAUCACUUUUUACUUUUCUCCCUGUAGAAUAUGCAUUAGGUCUAAUAGCUGCAAUCCAUACAAUGUUGCACUCAAGACAUCAUGCAGAGGUUUCUACAAAUUGUUAUAUAGAGAGAUGGGUGAUUAGGUGUUGGCUGAGAGACAAGAUUAGGUUUUCUGUACUUUUAAUAUGUUGAUUUCUUACAGUACUUCAGUAAUUACUUUUGAUGAGCCAUCUGUCUCAUUAGUUUAUUAAUAUUAAAAAUACUGCACUCCUCUCAAAAAUAUUUGCUCAGUGAACACUGACAAAAUCAGUUUGCAUUACUGUAUAGUACCAUCAUAUUUUGUUGGAAAAAAUAUUGAGAUUUACAGUAAUAUUCUACAUAUAUGACAUUACAGUAACAGCAGAAGGUUCUGGGCCCAUGCACAUUUUGGGAAGAAUUGCACUUUGAGCAAAUAUUUUUAUCAUUGGAGAUUUUAUUUCACAAAUCAGCCUGUUUAAUAUAACAUGAUCUCGCCAGGAGAUUUCGCUUUCCUAGUGACAGUGACCACAGCUAAUACGUCUGCAAAAUAAUGGAUAAAAAUGAUCAUUUUAUGUUUUUGAUGGUGAUUAUUCAGGAAUAACCUUUGCCACUACACAUCAGGUGAUUAAUAAGCAUUCAGCUAUGUUCUUCAUAUGAAUAUGGCACUCUAAAUUACUGGAAAAGAUUUGCAAAUGGGUCUUUAGUUUUUCAGUCAGUUGCUGUGCAUUCUUCUGUAAGAGAGUACAUGUAAUAGAGUAUGAAGAAAGCGUUUAUAGGUGAUGUUUAAAACUGUUUAUUUAAAAAGACAGUAAUGAAAUGUAACCUCCUGUGUGUGAGAGCUAUGGAUGAUAGUGAAAUUCUGUUGCAAGAAACAUUGAUUGUUUCGGUGACGCCUAAUAAUCAGUCCAUGUUGUUUUUCAAUGUAUGUCUUCAAAUGUGACUGUAAAUGAAUCUAUUUGUAGAAAACAGAAGUGCUGGAUGUAUUUCAAUGUGUGCAAUCCCCUUUUGGCUACCAGUAAUAAAUGGAUUUUGUUUUAUAAA